CCUUAAGUCAACCAUUUAAGUUACGGCUUGGCGCAUCUAAAUUAAAUGGUGACAAGACGAGCUGGUUUAGAGGCGAGUUGUUGAAGCUUUCAAUGAAUUGGUGCAAAUAACGCUGAUCCGGUGAAAAACGAUUUUUAAUAUAAUAUUUGAUUUUUCAAUAAUAGUGAAACAGUGCAAUCUAUCUAAUGUAAUUUAGUGGUUUGAUAGUUUCCCUCCAAAUAAUCUAUCCUACCUACUAUUGCCAUUCGCCUGUGUUCCAACCUCAGAUAUGCCUCUUUUGAAAAAAAAACCGUUCGAAAAGCAUUCAAUAUCAGAAUAUCUAAGAGAUGAUGAGGAAGUAUUUUAUUGCGAAAUUACCGACGAAAUAUUUCGUGAUUAUGAAGAAUUUUCCGAAAGAAUGUUUUUAUACAACUCGAUGGUUUGGACAUGUUCAAUGACUGGAAAACAAAAUUUAACAUAUCAAGAAGCCCUGGAGAGCGAGGAAAAUGCCAAGCAGAGCCUAAAAGAAUUUCCUAUGGAACUACGACUACCUAUUUUGUAUCUAGCUAGUAAAACUCAAAGGAAUUCCUUUGGAGAAAUGGCCGAAGAUGUAUUCAUGUUCGUUAAAGAUCGCUAUUUUAUUGGAGAAAACUUGGAAACUUCUUUUACUGGUUCAAAAUGGAAAGACUCGCAUGUUCUACAGGUUAUCGCUCCACAAGAAGAUCAACUUAAAAAUAUCACUAAAAAUGGGAAUGAUCCCGACCGUCUAUUUUGGCCACCUGCUAGCUUGUUCAAAUAUGAAUUGGAACAUCUAGAUGCCGAUGAUAAUGACAUCAGCGAAAUAAUGAUAGUAGACUGCAAUCAGAUAAGACGAAAGAAAGGGUCCUUCAACAGAGAUAAGUGUAAAUUAUUCCUAAAACAGUAUAUCGAACAUGGCCCCAAUGGCAUAUUUGCAAUCAAACCCUCCAUAAUAGAAGAUUUUGGCAUUAACAAAAUGAAGUUUGACCAGAUAUUUGAUGGACCUCUACCUAAUUUUGAACAGUCGAAAAAAAAAGAGAAGGUUCCAAAUGGCAAGAAGAAAUCCAAACAAGAAACUCUUGCAAAAUUUCUGACUAAACCUAAUGGUGCUUCCACGACAGACAAACAGACUAGCUCUGAAAAGAGAGUCAAUCUCUUAGAAGAAAUGAAGAAGAGGGAAGAAGAGUUCAGGUUGAAGAAGCUCUUGAAAGAAGAGGAAAAGCUGGCUCUGAAGAAAAAACAGAAACAGGAAAGUGUAAAGUUGAACAGUUGCAUAAGGGAGUGGUCCAAACCAAAAGAGGAUUUGAUGCUUGAAGAUCAAAAGAAACUACCUGUUCCCAUGCCAGUCAAAACAAAAGUAUCUGACAAGUAUUUUGGAGAAAUGCUGAUGGUAAUGGAGUUUAUGGAAACAUUCUCAAAGUUCUUGUCAACGAAAGACUUUUUUCCUGGCGGUUUCACCUUGGAACUCAUGGAGCGAGCGUUAACAGAAAAAGAGGUGGCUGGUCCACUCACUGACAUUUUUCAGAUGUUUCUCACUGCCCUGUUCAAUGUUCAAGAUGAGGAGUCUAAUCAGUAUAGGACGGUCAUAGAAAGUACAACAGGAAUAAAAGAAGAAGAUGUUUCGAAUAACUUAAGCUUGACGGAUGCGACCCGCUUCGCUACCGUGGCAUCCAGCUGGAGUAACAAAUAUCAAGGCCUUCCACUGGCACGUCUUCCCCUUUACUCUGUUACUGUGUCUGAGGUAUUGCGGUUACAUCUACUAGCUUCAGGAGCACGCAUCAAUGAAACUGGAGCUAGAUGGAGGUACGCACAAAGAGGUGGCUACACCAGCGAAGAUGACCCUGGAAUCUUUCUUCGACUAAAUCAGCCUCACAUCCUCAAAGCAUUGGCGUACCACAACGUCGUCCAACUUCCCAUUGCCGAUAAGCUUUCUAUCAUUUCAUGUCUAAUCAAUCAACUACUAACGUACGCCGACGUGAGGGACUUUGUAGAAGAGCGUCUGGAUCAAAUCAAAAACUUGAAAACGGAUUUGAAAGUUCUUCAAAUUGCAGAGAAGAAGAGAGAGCAGGAAUUCGUCACUAAUAAAAUGAAAUUGCAGAAAGAGAUAAAGGAAACCAAGGCAGAGAAUCAGUCUAAUUUGAGAGAAGCAUUAGAGAAGCUUGAAAAAGACAACGAAAGGAAGCAGAUCGAGAAUACCAGAAAGAUCAGCAAGGUUAUGACCAGUAUUUUCAGCGAGCAAUCACUUAUGGGUACUGAUAGAGCUUACCGGAAAUACUUGAGGAUGGAUUCUGUCCCAGCGAUAUUUGUUGUGGACGAAGAUGAAAAUUUAGGAGAAUGUUUUAGCGACAUAUGUAAACAGAACCCAGAUCUGGUCAAUGCCAGUCGCCAGCAGCUGUUGAAGCACAUGAGACGACUUCAUAUUGAUGGAAAUAAAGAGAAUACUCCAUCUAAAUCGCCAAAAAAGGCCAAUGGUGUCCUGAACUCUGUUUGCCAUGUCGAUGAUGAAGAAAGUUGUAUGGAACUUCUUAUGUGUUCAACUGAUCCUAAGACAUGCAAGAUUCACUGCGUAGCAGCUGACAAGACCAAAUGGUCAUUCAUUCAUGACGAGUUUCAACUGGAGGAACUGGAACGUGGCCUCAACAAAAGGGGAUUGAGGGAAGGAGAGCUGCUUCACGUGAUCAAGAAUGACAGAAUUAGGUUGUCGAAUGUGAUAGCGCAGACGCCUGUAAAUUAUUUGAAUCCCGAUGUUGAGAUUGCUGAUGACGAAGAAAAACGUACCAAGAAUAAAAAAGUCAAGGACAAAUAUGAAGACGCUAAUUUGGGAUAUGCGUCCACCAUGGCUCCUGAAGAGGUACUUGAGAAUGCUCUGCUUGACAACAUUCUUGAGAUGGAAGAAAAAAUAUAUGCUGGAAGUCUUGGCAGCCUGGCGGUGAUGGACAGAGACGAGUGGAGAACAUGUUUGACACGAAAAGACUACGAUAAUUUCGAGAAAACCAUAAUCAAACAUGAUAAGGCAAAACUCUUGAAAAUCAAGAAAGCAGAGAAGAAGAGUAAUAGUAGACCACCAAGCCCAGAUAAUUCUAAUGUCAAAAACGAGUUCAAGGAGUAUCAGGACCCUGGUCGCUAUUUGGGAACAACUAGGGAUGCUGAAAUAGAACAGUGGGAUGAUGAUUGUAAAGUUCCUCUUGAACCACCUGAAAAUUUAUUGCGGUCAAUAGUAGGACUUUCUACAGCGUUAGCUCAGGUCGCCCAGGCAGUUGAUCCAAAGUAUUUAAAGAAACCUUUAGGAAUUGCUGAUGUAACUAGAAACGACAAAAAACAGGAGUACGAUUAUUUGGACAGAUGGGAACAAUCACUCUUAGCUUCUACAAGUUAUAGUCAAGUUUUCUUACACUACAGUACCUUAGAUUCAUGCGUGAUGUGGUCAAGGUCUGCCCUGUUAGCCCGAUGUAGGAUAUGCCGAAGACAAAAAGAUUCUGAAAACAUGCUUCUAUGUGACAACUGUAACCUGGGACAUCAUCUUUACUGCCUGAAGCCAAAAUUAACGAGUAUACCCAAAGGAGACUGGUUCUGUGACAGAUGUAAAAGGGAAAAAGAGAAAGCAGCCAAACUCCUCAGUCCACAACCCACGCCCACAAAGAAAAGAAGAAUAUUCAGAGAUGAAGACAUAGAGGAAGAAGAAGAAAGCAAUGGGGAAGUUGAAGAGUGCCCUGUCGAUGAUGCUGAUUCUUCAGAUGAGGAAAUGGAGGUGGAUGAAGAAGUUAGAAAUGGGGAAAUAAAAAUAGAAAUCUGUAAGACAUGUGGUUCUGGUGGCGUACUGAUUUCCUGCGAAAAAUGCACUUCACAUUAUCACAUAGAAUGUUGUAACCCGCCUUUAAGACGAGCACCAAGAGCUCCAUGGCAUUGUAAUUCCUGUAAAAAUCCCAAAGAGAGAAGAGAGAGGAAACAAGUAUCAGAUUCCGAAGAGUCUGGGGACGAAGUCAUCAUCAACCAAAGACGGUCUCAUCGAAGAGAAGAUGGCAGAGAGGAUCUACCCCUACACAAUGUGGCCUUGCAGGAACUGUUGACAGAGGUGAUGAGGCAUGAUGAUGCAUGGCCUUUCCUCAGGCCUGUACCGAAAAAUGAGGUACCUGACUAUUAUGAUGUGAUCACAAAACCCAUGGAUUUCGGAACAAUUAAAUAUAAACUUAAUAUGGGAGAAUAUGCGGAAGAUGGUCAAUUGAUGCAGGAUGUAGUUCUAGUAUUCGAAAACUGCAAUACAUAUAAUGACACUGAUGCAGAUGUUUAUAAGUGUGGUGUUAGAUUACUGCGAUUCUUUGAGAAAAAGGCGAAAGAAUUAGGACUUAAGUUACCUGAGGAAAUGGAAACUGAAACUUUGAAACCACCGAAGAGUAAAAAAAGACGCACUAGAUAAGAGUAUGAAUUUUAGUUCAUUCACAAACGUAUAG